AUGCCUCGCUAUCAACCUCUCUCUAUGGACACGGACAGCAACAUGCAGCAUCCUGCCACUGGAGUCCCUGUUCCAACAACUCCCUUUCUUGGCUCAAACACUGGUCCAGGAGGCCCUGCCUUGAACAUUCACAGACCCAAUUCAUCCCGUCGCUCUCCAUUCUACUGUGGUGAUGCUUGCUUUACACUCAAGAACAUGUGUUUGCAUUCUACUUCUAUGCUGGAUCUAGUUCGUAGACAAGCUAUUGGUUAUACUGCCGGUGCGCUGUUUGCUAUUGGAUGGUGGCUGUUUAUUGAUGGCAUUGCAUUCAAUGGCUCAAAAGCUGGUUCUAUUCCUGUCGUUCAAGUUGGGUUUGAAGAUUGGGCCCCUGGCAUCAUCUCAACUGUUGCAUUGAUCAUUGUCAAUCUUAUCGAUCGUGAAACUCUAAAUGCAGACGACUUUGAAUAUUCCGGACCUAGUGUCGCAUGCAAGGCAAGAGCGUGUGCUUUUCUGGGUGUGACGAUGGCAUUGGGUUCUCUUGGUGGAGCUUUGGCUGUUCUUAGUCUCAAGUUUAUUAUUCCAAACGUGUCUGGAGAUGCCUUUUAUCUCGGUCAAGCCAUCACAAUCCAAAACUUUCUCAUAUUCUUCAGUUCAAUGAUCCUUUGGUUUGGAAGAAAUCACCAGGAUGAAGGCACAAUCGCGCUCUAA